AAUCACCACCGGUCGUCACUCCACGUGUACCGGACAUGAGAAACAUCUGCCUUAAAAGUUCCGGUCUGCACCGAGAGCCAGCCACCAUUCUCCAAAUCUCCACUCGAUGGCGACGAUUCCUCCCCAACUCCCCUUGGCGACCCGCUCUGCUCUUCGCCGGGCGUCUUCCUCCGUCCAUUUCUUCACCUCCACUUCUUCGUUCCGUCACCGCGCAACGAAGCUGUUUCGACCGAAAGCCUUCUCUUCCUCAGUCAAGCUCCCCACGAAACCGCCGCUCUGCACCGCCGACGAGCUUCAUUACGUCUCCGUUCCCAACAGCGACUGGCGCCUCGCUCUCUGGCGCUACUUCCCUCCUCCUCAGACGCCCACGAGGAAUCAUCCCUUAUUGCUCUUGUCUGGAGUAGGAACUAAUGCCAUCGGAUACGAUCUAUCUCCCGGUUGCUCUUUCGCAAGACACAUGUCUGGUCAAGGAUUCGAGACGUGGAUUCUCGAGGUUCGUGGAGCAGGGCUGAGUACGAGAGUAUCCGACCUCAAGGACGUUGAGGACUCCGCUCACGAGUUGUCUCAUCAGAUACAAUCCACUGCUAAAGCUGCAGCUAAAGAAGCUCAGGUCACUGAGAUUGCUGACACUGCACCACCAGCUUCGGAUGUUUCCGUUGUUGGUGAAGAAGCCUCCUCAGCCUCAGCUUGGGACGAGUCCAAGAUCGUGGCGAGGCUAACCGCAACGUUCAUGCGUUUAUCAGAAAGACUCUCCGGUUUUCUCAGCGAAGGUCAGUCAUUGUUCAUGUCCGCUAAGCUCUUUGACAAGAUCGCUAUGCUUUUGGAAGACUCGCGGAUGUACGAGCGGUUUAACGAGAUAAGAUCAAAGCUCUUGAGUUUGAUCGAGUCGAGGCAGAACUCAGGACUCGGUAACCAGAUCAGGGAGUUGACUCAGCGGCUUGUGGAUCUUCUUGACGAUGGUCAGAAGUCUGUCUCUCCUCAGUUGAUUGAUCUGCAAGAGAGGCUCACUUCGACUAUUGAGGAUUUUCAGAAGCAGCUUGAUUUGAUUGUUAAGUAUGAUUGGGAUUUUGAUAAUUACCUUGAAGAGGAUGUCCCUGCUGCGAUUGAGUAUGUAAGAGCGCAAUGUAAGCCUAAAGACGGUAAGCUGUUUGCUAUUGGGCACUCCAUGGGUGGUAUCUUACUCUAUGCAAUGCUGUCACGUUGUGCUUUUGAGGGACGAGAGCCUUGUCUGGCAGCUGUGGCAACUUUGGCUUCAUCGUUAGAUUACACAACUUCAGAUUCUGCUCUCAAAUUACUCAUACCUCUUGCUGAUCCAGCACAAGCUCUGAGUGUUCCAGUUGUGCCUUUAGGGGCUCUGUUGGCUGCAGCUUAUCCUCUUUCGUCACGGCCUCCAUACGUGUUAUCUUGGCUUAACGAUUUGAUAUCAGCGACGGAUAUGAUGCACCCUGAGCAGUUAGAGAAGCUUGUUUUGAAUAACUUCUGUACCAUACCUGCAAAGCUUCUUAUUCAGCUGACAACAGCUUUUCGAGAAGGAGGUUUACGAGAUCGUAGUGGUGAAUUUUACUACAAGGAUCAUCUUUCUAGUACCACUGUCCCUGUCUUAGCUCUUGCGGGUGAUAGGGACUUGAUCUGUCCUCCUAUAGCUGUAGAAGACACAGUUAAGCUGUUUCCUGAGAACCUGGUCACGUAUAAGUUACUCGGAGAACCAGACGGACCGCAUUAUGCACACUAUGAUUUGGUUGGAGGACGACUGGCAGUGGAGCAAGUCUAUCCUUGCAUAACUGAGUUUCUUAGCCACCAUGAUUCUGCAUAAAGUGAAACUUCUCUUCCUGGCAUGAUAUAUGCAUGAAGACGCUGUAUCAGAAGUGCCUGUUAAUAAGGAUGUCAUUUUCGUUGAAUACAUGUACAUUUAGUGUUACGGCAAAACUGUACAUUAGCUUAGGAGGCUUUUUUCCAAGUCAUACACUUGUAAAUUAAAAAAACAUCUAAUAAGAUGCUUGAAGCUCCUGUCUACUUAAUGAUUUCCUUUUUGUUUUGUUAUGGCGACAAGCUGUUUAUUCGAAAAGUUAUGUUUAUUAGAAGAAUGGGUGUUCCCUUCCCUUGUACAUGAGAAGAACUGUAUGUAGACAUGGACUUACAUGUAUAUUAUGAAUCUAUCUUGGAUC